CAUACAACGUUUCCUUUAUAGUUUAUACUACGAAAGGGGAAUUGCUGAUAGCACCAACGGUCCUACUUUCUAAUUGCAAUCCUCCAUGGACUUCUCCAAAUCAGUAAUCCCUGCACACCUCCUCGGCGACCGUGGUUCUAAUCUUGUCGUCAUCAAUCCAGGGUCUGCAAAUGUGCGAAUUGGAUUAGCUCAACAGGAUGCUCCCUUCAGUAUUCCUCAUUGCAUUGCCCGGCAUACCACAGGAGCUAAUCAAUCACCCAAAAGAAAUGUGCAAGAUCAGAACCUUAAUUCUCAAGUUACAACAGCUCAACAUGUGGAGAGGGAGAAAGCCUAUGACAUUAUUGCAUCCUUAUUGAAGAUACCAUUCCUUGACGAAGAGGUGGUAAACAACUCUUACCCACGAAAGAUGGGCCGUGUUGAUGUAUUAUCUCAACAGAAUAGUAAGAAAGAGAGUAUGCUCGCAUGGACUGAUGUGUUCCAGAAAAGUUCGAGUUCAUCCUUAGCAUCAGAAAGUCCAUCACAUAAGCAUGAAACAAGUGAGUCACCAGACCUGCAGGAAGGUGGGAGUACUGAGAAGCCACAGACAAGUGAAUCCAAGUACAGAGAGUACAUAUGUGGUGAAGAAGCUAUGCGAAUCUCUCCAACUGAACCGUAUUGCUUAAGACGUCCAAUACGCAGAGGCCAUCUUAAUAUUUCUCAACAUUAUUCCACGCAGCAGGUGCUAGAAGACUUGCAAGCCAUCUGGGACUGGAUAUUGGUUGAGAAACUACAUAUUCCUCACAGUGAGAGAAACAUGUAUUCUGCACUUAUUGUAGUGCCUGAAACAUUUGAUAAUCGAGAAAUUAAGGAAAUAUUAUCUAUUGUCUUACGAGAUUUGCGGUUCAGCUCAGCAGUAGUCCACCAGGAAGGUCUUGCUGCAGUCUUUGGAAAUGGAUUAUCAACAGCAUGUGUCGUGAAUAUUGGUGCUCAGGUCACUUCAGUUAUUUGUGUCGAGGAUGGAGUUGCUCUUCCUCAUACACAGAUCACCUUACGUUUUGGCGGAGAGGAUGUAUCAAGAUGCCUUCUGUGGACUCAGAGACAUCAUCAGACAUGGCCACCUAUUCGCACAGAUGCUCUUGCAAAGCCGAUAGAUUUGCUGAUGCUCAACAGACUCAAAGAAUCUUACUGCCAGAUUUAUGAAGGAGAGGUUGAAGCUGUUGGGGUGGUUCAUUCAUAUGAAGAUGGCUUGCCACCUGGAUCUCAUAAGACGAGGCUAACUGCCCUAAAUGUAGCGCCUAUGGGUCUUUUCUAUCCAACACUUUUGGUUCCAGAUGUCUAUCCUCCUCCACCUCGUUCAUGGUUCAAAGAUUAUGAGGAUAUGCUAGAAGAUACUUGGCAUAUAGACUUUCCCAGGAGAACUGACAUAUCAGAUGGGUUAUAUCCAGGCAUCAGCAAUCCACUACAGAUGUGGGACAACUAUUCUUAUCCUUCAAACCAACAGAAGAAAGAAGACAACAUUGGCCUUGCAGAAGCCAUUACAAAGAGUAUCCUGUCAACAGGGCGUAUAGAUCUACAAAGAAAGUUGUUUUGUAGCAUGCAACUGAUUGGUGGAGUCGCUUUGACAACUGGUCUUAUUUCUGCCAUGGAGGAGAGAGUUUUACAUGCGAUUCCCUCAAACGAAGCAAUCGAUACUGUUGAGGUACUGCAAUCAAGAACCAAUCCUUCGUUUGUGGCAUGGCGGGGUGGAGCCAUACUGGGCGUAAUCGAUUAUGGUCGAGAUGCUUGGAUACAUCGAGAAGACUGGAUUCAAAACGGGAUUCAUAUUGCGGGGGGCAGAAAAUACAAGGAUUCUUAUUAUCUCCAAGCACAACCAAUGUGUUACAUAAAUUCCUAGAAUCGUAAAUCGCUAUUUUCAGAUCCAAUGAAGCACUGUAGUUUGAUUAAUAACGAGUAACAAAAUAAAUUUCGAUGGAGAAAUAUUGUUUAAUGAGUUGUCCCACAUCGGUAGGAAGGUAAGAAAAUGAAAGAUGGAGGAUAGUAUAUGAAGGGAGGAGGGGUUAUGUUUGAAAACUAAAAGGGUCGGUUGGCUAAAUAUGCCACGCUCGCCCACUGAUUGGUGAGUGCUGUAUGGCUAUCAAGACAUAUGGCCGACAUAAUUUGUGGAACUUUAUAGGGUUGGCUCCUUUUGGCCGAUCCUUCAACCUUUUUAGUAUUAAUGGUAAUUGCCUAUUUAUUAC